GUUAACACCCAAAAAGACUAUAACAUAACAUUUGAUCAUUUAGUACUUAUGGAUGGUAGCUCUGUUGUAAGCCUUGAAAUGAUUGAAUCUAAUUUAUCCUACAAAAAAGAGAAAGACAAGGAAAUUUCUACCAAGUUACCAAACAUUAUCUGGGGUAAUUUUGAGACACCAAUUGCAGAUAAUAUGGUAAUUAUUGGAGCGGAAGCAAUUAAAACAAUCCUAGAAAAUAAAAAAGUUAUAAAAAAUUCCAAAUAUUCAAAUUUAAUAACUCAAGCAUACUUUUAUAACAAAGAAAAUUCAAAUAAAUUAGAAGCAUUAUUUUUUAUAAAUGAUAAUGAAGGAUUUAUUUUAUGGACGGGAAAAGUAAAUGAUAUUCCUCAAGGUACUACCAUAGGAGUUGGAAAUUUACAAAUGGCAGAUGAUUUCAUUCAAGUUACCGAACGUCUUUCAAUUUCAUAUGUACCAGCUUGUCAUUAUACAACACCAUCAGAAGGAGAACCUAAAAUAGCCGUGGUAACAAGUUCAUCAUUUAUGGACCGAUUUAUUGAUUGUAAAAAAUCAAUAAUAGACAUAGCCUUUGAAUCAGUGGAAAACAAACGAAUAUAUGCCAAAAAACAUGAAUAUCCAUUCAUUCCGCUACCAACAUACAGACGUGAAAUGGUAACAUGGGGAAAUUUUGAUGCAAUAAAAAUGACAUUGCCAUAUUAUGAUUGGAUUCUUUGGAUUGAUACUAAUUCAGUUAUUACGAAACAUAAUGUUUCAGUUUCAGAAUUAAUUAAAAAAUUUUAUUUAAUUGUUGGAAAUAGAAUAGUUGGAGAUGCUAAGGUUGACGAAGAAGAAAAAUAUAAAAGAGGAAAAGAAGAAUUUGAUAGAACAGUAAAUGUUGUAGUGGCAGAACCUAAAGGAGGAAAUGAAUUUAAUGCAGGAAUGCUAUUAAUUAAACAUUCAAAAUGGAGUUUUGGUUUUAUAAGAAAUGUGCAAGCAACGAGAAAUAAGAGAAUGAAGGAAGAAGGAGCUAUGUGGACGCUUUUAGAAGAAUUUCCCGAUUUUAAACAACGCGUAC